AACAGCCCAACUAUUGCGCAGCGGAGGUAACGACGGGCGCUAGCAGCGGAGGUUGUCCUGGUUCUACUUCGGAACUGAAAUCGACGAAACCGGAGGUAGCAGAGCUCAAAACUAUUAUUUGAAGCUCAAUCAUUGUUCUGUGCAACUGAGAAUUUUUCAGUAGUCAAUGCUUAUUCAGGAUAGUAGCCCUCCAGGAUCUUGCUUCUCUUUCAUACUCAUUACUCAGGUCUCAAUUGACGGAGGGCUUCCACAGAAUCACAAUCUCUCUGCUAUUUUCAACAAGGGAAUCCAUUCUCUUUGGGGGUGGAACGACCCAAGAUUGUAAUUUGCAUGACUUAAACUCACAGAAAACGUUAAUCACUUGCUAACAAUACCGUAUCAAUAUAAUGCUUGGGAUCUCUUAUGGAGAACUCUUCCUCUUGCUCGGAGCCACUGCUGCACUUAUUGGACCCAAGGAUCUACCAGUAAUAGCAAGAACAGCUGGGAGAUUAGCUGGUCGAGCCAUUGGCUAUGUCCAGUUGGCUCGGGGUCAAUUCGAGAACGUCAUGCAGCAAUCUCAAGCCCGCCAAGUCCACAAGGAACUUCAAGACACAAUGGCUCAACUUGAAGCCAUACGUCAUGAAAUUCGAAGCAUAUCUAUCUUGAAUCCAGGUCCAUUAACUCGGAGGCUAGUAGAUAACAUUGAUCCUUCAUCUGGCUCUAAUGCCAGUAGCGUUCCUGAAAAUCUAGAUGCAGAGAAUACACUGAAAGCUACUGUUUCCAAGCCUCAUAUUGAGCAAACAAAUGGAGGGAGUAUACCAACAGCUACCAUUUCCAAGGCAUCGGGUUUAUGUAUUAUGCACAGCCAAGCAACUGCAUAUGCAAGAUUGGCUGAAUCCUCUGCCUCAAAGCUUGGCUUAGUUCAAAGUAAUGCAGAUGCUGGAGAUCUUGUUGAUGGUGUGGGUCUUCUGAACGUUCUUCCUGUAUCUGCUGAAAGUACUGGGAUGUUACCAAAUCGCCCAGAUGAUGUGAGAGGAUCUGACAUUGUGCUGGAAGCUGUAUUGGAGGCUGAGGUGGCUCACAAUGCCAAAGAUUUUUUUGCACAACCCCAAAAUCAAAUAAAAUGUGAAUGAGUUAGUAUUUUGUUCUUCAAAAAGAUUUUGCUGUUAAAGAUGUAUCUGUAGAAAGUGCUGCUCAUGAGAAUUUUGGCACUAGAAGUAAAACUAGCUUUCCUCUUUACAUUGGUGUGGCUGUAAAUAAAUUCAUUAUCUUAAUUCAAUGAUAAUUCUAGCUGAUCACUAGAAUUGUUGGAUGAGCUCUAAUUGUAGCCUUCUACCAACAUGUUAAUGUGAUUAAUAGAAUUGCGUCUGUUAACUACAUGAUCACCAUAAUUGUGAACUAUCCGAGCUUUAUUGGCCAUUAUUGUCAGUUUCUCAACAGGGCCUUAUUGAUGAAUUUAUAAAA